AUGUUACAUUUUGUUGCAGAAAUAGGAGAAAUUAGAACUCUUAAACUUUUGUUAAAAGGCGGAGAAAUAUCUGAUAGCGUUGAUGAAAAUAAUAAAACACCAUUACACUGGGCUGUAUUUGGAGGGCACGAAGAUUCUGUAAGUUAUUUAAUAAACUACAAUUCCAAGUUAAUAGGUGCUAUUGAUAAAGAUAAAGAAACACCAUUAUUUGAAGCUAUGUGGAAGGGUCAUACAGGAAUUGUUAGACUUUUACAAAAAAAGGGGGCAAACUUUUAUGCUAAGAACAAAUAUGGCUGGAUGCCAUUACAUAUAGCUGCAAUCUACUGUCAAGUUAAAAUUUUUGAAUCUCUAAAUUUAAGUAAUGGCGAAUAUAAUAAAUUGAAGGAGUUAGAUACUAUCAAAUGGGAUGAUUAUUUUGAAUCUAAAGAACCUUGUGACCUAACAAAAGAGCUAGUUAAAAGGCUAGUUCAUCUAGAAAAAAAUUUUACAAAAUAUCUUGAUAAGAAAAAAGAUUUUCCACAAUGUAGAAAAGAUCAUAAUCAAUCAAAACUUGUAGACUAUAUCUCGCAUAUUAAUUUGUCAAAAGGUACUGAAACAAUGGACAAAGAACUAAAAGAUGCUAUUGAAAUACUAGAAUUAAAAAUAAGAACCAACAUUAUACUUUGGCAUUUUAAAAAGGCUAUUGAUGCACUCAAAGAAAAUGAAAACUUUGAGAUCAAAAAAAACAAAAAAUAUGAUAAAGAAAUAUCAAAAUUAUUAAAUGGAGAAGGAGUAACUAUAAAUGCAAAUAUAAGAGAAAGCAACUCUGAAAAAAGUGCAAUCAAGUUUAAUGAGAUAGGCAAAUCGUAUUAUAGAUAUAAGGAUAGGUUUUAUGUAAUAAAAAAUGAUGAACAAAGUAUUAAAAAAACAAAAAGUGGAGAACCAGUUAGAAAAAAUACCGUGUAUGAAAAACUCAAAAACGGAGAAUUAAUGUUUAGUUCUUAUACUGCGUGGACAGUAAAAAUUGAAUCUAUUAAGGUUAAUGAUUUUAGUAAAUUAAAGACAUUUGAGAAGGAACUGAACCUAGAACUGGUAGGACAUGGAAAGUAUAUAAAAACAAAAGGUAACAAUGGUCUGACUCUUGAGGUAGAAAAAUACUAUCAGAGAACAAAGUUUCCAAUAAAGAUUGAAUAA